GAUCUACGCAGUACACAAACCACUGACAGCACAUACACCUAUUCUGCCGACACGGCCUAUUUCUUAUUCCCCAGUGCCCGUAUGCAAACAUCAAAUACAACACGGACACUCAUUUUUAUAGUAUUUACUCAACAAAUGCACUAAAACUGUCUCCAACAGAAAUCAUGAUGCUCAUGCUUCUAGCCUAAAACAUGUACAUAUAAAGCACACACAGCACCUGAAACAAGAGAAUCAGACACUCUCCUCUCUAAUCUCCACAAUGCAAAUCCUAGCCUUCACCUUCCUCUUCUUCAACAUAAUCCCUCUCUCAACCUCUUGCGUCCCUGAUGAAAUCGGCGCCCUGAGAGAUCUCAAGCUGGGCCUUGAAGACCCCAGCCAGCGGCUGGCCUCUUGGACCGGAGAUGACUGCUGUUCAUGGGCUGGCGUGGGCUGUGACAAUCGAACCGGGCAUGUCAUUAGGCUUGACCUGCACACCCGUACGUCAAAUUAUAGCAUGAAACUCAAUGGUGCAUUCAGUUCAUCGACGAUUUUUCUGGAACACUUACAGUACUUGGAUGUCAGUGGAAAUGACUUCAAGGGUUCUUCAGUUCCUUCGUUUAUUGAUUCCUUUAAGGAGUUGAGCUAUUUGGACCUCUCGAAUGCAGGAUUCUAUGGUACUGUGCCUCCUCAAAUUGGAAACAUUUCAGGUUUGCGACAUAUCGAUAUCUCUGGAAAUUAUUUCUCUGAUGAUGAUAACGGCAAUGCUGGGUUGUUCCAAGCAUUGAGCAGGCUCAGUUCAUUAGAGUUCUUGAAUCUUGUUUAUUGUGGUCUCAGUAUAAUUCCUCAGUCUCUUUCAUCUGAUAAUGUUUUCAGAUCCUUGUCAUUCUUUGAUCUCUCUAUUAACAGAUUCAACUCCUCAAUCCCCAACUGGGUUUUCAAUAUCACUAGCCUUCAACACCUUGAUCUCUCUGGUAAUUUUUUCCAAGGCCCUAUACCUUCAUCAGUCGGAACUUUAAAUUCCCUCAAUUUUCUUGGUAUUUCUGGUAUCUAUAACAUUGUUUCAAUACCCAGUGAAUUGGGAAAUUUGUGCAACUUGAAGAUCUUGGACCUUUCCUACUCACCUCUGAGGACUGAGUUCAUCAAAUUGGAGAGGAUUUUCUCAGGAUGUAUCCGAAACAGUUUGGAGUACUUAGAUUUCCCUCGCUCAGAACUCUCUGGUAUAUUGCCAGAAUGGAUUGGAGAAAUCAAGAAUCUGAAAUCACUUCAGUUGUUCGGUAACUCAAUUUAUGGUUCGGUACCUGAUUCUAUUGGCAGGCUAUCUCAUUUAGAGACAUUGCACAUCGGAAGCAAUUUAUUGAAUGGAACUAUCACCAAAAGUCUUGGGCAAUUAUCUAAUCUUAUGUCGCUAGAUCUUUCUGAAAAUUCUUUACAUGGGGUCCUUUCUGAAGUGCACUUCGGUAAUCUGACACGGUUAGAUUUUCUGGAUUUGUCUUCGAAUUCGUUGAUUAUUGAAAUUGAUUCAGACUGGAUUCCGCCUUUUCAACUUGAAUACUUAUCUCUGGGUCAUUGCAAGAUUGGUCCUAGCUUUCCUUUGUGGCUGAGUAACCAAAACAAUCUUACUUACUUAGAUUUGUCUCAAAUCGACAUUUCUGAUACUAUGCCAGAUUGGUUCUGGAGCUUAACUUCGAAGCUCAACUAUCUGGAUCUUUCGAACAAUCAAAUCAUUGGAAAACUGCCAGACUCUUUGGUGCUCGGUGAUGGCGAUUAUGUGCAAGUUUUUCUAAAUUCAAAUAAAUUCUAUGGUGGUGUUCCACGAGUUCCUCCAAAUGUUGCAAGGUUGAGCUUAUCAAACAAUUCCCUUUCGGGGCAAAUUCCUGAUAGCAUUUCUGACGAAAAGUCUAUACUGGAGUUCACAUCAUUCUCCAAUAAUAAAUUGAUCGGUACAAUACCCUCAUCAAUUUGCAAGCUGCGGAAAUUGCACUAUCUCGAUGUUUCAAGCAAUCAUCUCUCAGGCGAGCUCCCUAAUUGCUGGAACCGAUCAUCAGAAUAUUUACAAGGUUUAGAUUUCUCAAACAACAACUUCACCGGUAAAUUUCCUCACUCAAUUUGCUUAUUGCCAUCGCUUAUAACGUUACAUUUAAGCAACAAUGAACUCACUGGAGAGCUCCAUUCCUCAUUGAAGAGUUGCAUCAACUUGGUAACUCUUGAUCUCAGUUUCAAUCGAUUCAAUGGAGAGAUACCAACCUGGUUAGCAGAAAGCCUCAACAAUCUAAAGAUACUCGGUUUACGGUCUAAUUUGCUCGGUGGCAAUAUACCUCCUCAGUUAUCUAAACUCGCCUACCUUCAGAUUCUCGAUCUAGCACGCAACAAUCUAUCAGGCUCUAUACCACGAAGCUUUGGCAACUUCAGUACCAUGAAGAAUGCCGAAAGCUCACUGGCUCCCGUCUUAACUAGCUUCAUCAAUUUCAAUGAUCAUAUGCAAUUGAGCAUCAAUGGAAUGGACCUUCAAUACGAAGGCUCGCUGUCUCUGUUAAAGACCAUAGAUCUGUCUGAUAACAACUUGUCAGGAAAAAUCCCUGCAGAGUUAGCAGACUUAGUUGGAUUGCAGAGCCUGAACUUAUCGAAAAACCAUCUAACUGGAAGAAUCAUUGAAGAUAUAGGAAACUUACGGCAAUUAAGGUCUCUCGAUUUGUCGAGAAAUGAGCUGUCUGGUGAAAUUCCUCCAAGUUUGGGUGAGCUAACAUUUUUGAGUCAAUUGAACCUGUCAUAUAACGAAUUAUCGGGGAGAAUUCCAUCUGGUAAACAGCUCCGGGCCCUCCCUUAUCCUUCAAUAUAUGUGGGCAACAGAAACCUCUGUGGAUUUCCUUUGCCAGAAUGUGGAAGUGGUGAUUAAACUCUAUCUCCAACGAGCUUGAUUGGUGAAGAUGAAGUAGAUGAAAUUGAGUGGAUUAUUUCAGGUUUUGCUCCAGGUUUUGGAGUGUGUAUUUCAGUAGUCUGUUGGGUGUUAAUUUUUCACAAGAAAAGGAGAGAUGCAUGUUUUAAUAUGUUAGAUAGUGUAUGUAAUAGCCUUCCAUUUGUAACAUCCAGACAAUCUCAUGACAAUAAAAACUCAAUUGAAUUGA